AUGUCCACACCCACCAAGCACGAAGACACCAUCUCGGCUACCCGAGAUGUCUCGCUCGCCGACGAUGACAUGCCCACCACUAAAGAGGCCAUCCUCGAAUCCCACGAGGUCUUCCAAAAAGUCAGCGAGGGCGUCGACUUCCGCACCGUGAGCUGGCAGCGCGCCACCGUCAUCUUCAUCAAGAUCCAAUUCGCCAUGAGCAUCCUCGCUGUCCCAGGCGCACUCGCCGCCCUCGGUGCAGUUGGCGGCGCGCUCUCGAUCGUCGGGUGGCAGUCGCUCAACACCUACACGUCGGUCAUCCUGGGCGACUUCCGCAACCGACACCCCGAAUGCCACACAUUGGCCGAUAUGUGCGGCAUGCUCUUCGGGCGCAUUGGGCGCGAAUUUGUCGGAGUGCAGAUUCUCGUCGCGCAGGUCCUCAUCACAGCCGCCGGCAUCGUCUCUUGCUCAACAGCCUUCAACGCCCUCUCCGAGCACGGCGCUUGCAGUGUCGUCUUCAGCUUCGUCUCCGCCGCACUCAUCACCUGCUUCUCCUCAGUCCGCACGUUCUCUCGCCUCGGCUGGCUCACCUGGUUCGGUUUCGCAACCUUCUUUAUCGCCGUCUUCAUCUUCGUCGUCGCAAUCACCCAACAAGACCGCCCCGCCGCGGCACCCCCUGCUCCCGAACCAUUCGAAUUGGGCUGGGCUGCAAUCAACUACCCUACGUUCGUGGUCGGCAUGACCGCUAGCGCCAACAUCUUCCUCUGCGGUAGCGGCAGCUCGAUGUACCUUCCCGUGGUGUCCGAGAUGCGCAAUGCGAAGCGCGACUACCGCAAGGCCGCGAUUCUGACUGGUAUCAUGAACGGUGUGCUCUACUUAACGUUCUCCCUGGUGAUCUACCGCUACUGCGGCAUCUGGCUCGCUACGCCCGCUUUCGGGAGUGCCGGACAGCUGUUCAAGAAGAUCUGCUAUGGCAUCGCCCUGCCUGGGUUGGUCAUCGGGGUGGGAAUCUACCAGCACGUCGCGGCGAAAUUGGUCUUUGUGCGGAUCCUGCGCAACACCCGACAUCUACAGCAGAACACGAUGGUGCAUUGGGGCAGUUGGUUAAGUAUCAAUCUAGUGUUGGGCGCGCUGGGCUUCAUCGUGGCAGAAGCUGUACCGAUACUGAAUUUCUUGCUCGGCCUGGCGGGAUCUCUGUGCUUUGCACCGUUCAGUCUGGUAUAUCCGGCGUUACUGUUUAUGUACGACUACAAAAUGUACAGGCAAGGGUCAGGAAAGCAGAAGGGGCAAUACUAUGCGCACGGGUUGAUUGUGGCUCUGGGCCUGUUUGUUGUGGUUGCUGGAACGUACGGCGUUGCUGUCAGCAUUCGUGAUGCUUUCCGCAGUGGGUUGAUCACGAAGGUGUUCAACUGUGCUGACAACUCCGGCACCAUCUCAUGA